UGUCUUCUUCUACAACCGGAAGUGAGAGUAAUUCUACGUGUGCGCUUGUAAUACAGGCUGAAGCGUCACUCAGACGAGAUAUAAAAAAGCAACAUAAAGAAAAAGGAUGGUGACGGAUGUGCAGCUGGCCAUCUUUGCCAACAUGCUCGGCGUGUCCUUAUUCCUGCUGGUCGUCUUGUACCAUUAUGUUGCUGUCAACAACCCUAAAAAACAGGAUUAGAGUCCAGCUGCCAUGACUGCACAGCCUGGUUGGAUGUGCGUCGGGAGUCACGACUCUCCUCCUGCUCUUCUCUGAAGACCAGUUUCUGUUGCACACAAAUGUUUCUGUUUUCUAAUAAAAAUGUUUGAAUCCCA